AGUCAGAAGAUGAACCAACCUGGGAAAUGCUCACUGGCUGCAGGACUAAACACAGAUUAACCACAUCAAAUACAGCUCUAUAUAGUUUUUAUAACUCACUGCUGCUUCAGGAAGAUGUUCUCAGUUUGUCCAGAAAGGUUGCUGCUGCUGGCUCUGAUGUUUGGAUGUGCAGCCUUGGAAAUACCUUUGAACGGAAGUACUACUGCAUUGGGCUCUGACUAUAACAGCACACAGUCCUACGACCAGGGAGGACCAGGGGUCACUCAACCUAAGCAACAAGAAGAUAAAAACGGUGAACAAGAAACGGGCAUUACAAUUAUUCCAUUCUUUGGAGCAGGUUUUCCGCCGCCUGGUUCCACUAAAACAAAAGAACAAGAACGCCAAAGUUCCACAUCACCCAACAACCACAGAAGACCAGAGACAACUGACCCUGAUGUAGAAAAUGAAGAUAAAGAACCCGUCAUACUGAGCAACAUACUUCCAAAUUAUGGACAACCCAGAGGACCUGAGAUAACCCCCCGUUAUGAAGAUGAUGAAGGCAGGCAGAAUCUCUCAGAGGAGGCACGGUGGUUUCUAACAGGAUCAUUAUCCACCACCAUCAUCCCGUCCUUCUACACACUGGUCUGCCUCCUCAGUGUGCCCAUCAACAUCUGUGCACUGCUGAUCUUUAUAAAGAGAAUAAAGCCUAAGAAGCCAGCAGUGAUCUACAUGAUGAACCUGGCUUGUGCUGACCUGCUCUUCUCCAUGGUGCUGCCCUUCAAGAUCUCCUACCACUUCAUGGGAAAUGACUGGAUAUUCGGUCGUGCCAUGUGCCGUAUAGUCACCGCAGCCUUUUACUGGAACAUGUACUGCUCCGUUCUGCUCAUCUCCCUCAUCAGCGUGGACCGGCUCCUCGCUGUGGUCUAUCCUUUCCAGUCUUUGUCAUGGAGAAGUCCUGCAAAGGCAGUCAUUGCCUGUGCAGCCAUGUGGAUCCUCUCCUUUGUCGGCUUGAUGCACCUCCUCUUCACUGAGCAGACUUUCAACCUCACAGAGUUGAACAUCACCACCUGCCAUGACAUCCAACCCUCACAGCCUUUCUUGUGGUACAAGACAUACUACAUCACCCUCUGCCUCCUCCUCUUCUUCCUGCCUCUCAUCAUCACCAUGGUGUCCUACACUUGGGUGAUUUUGACUCUGAGUAAAGUCAAACCAGAGGUUCCAGACCACUCACAGAAAAAAAGAAGAGCAGUGUUCUUGACUGCAACAGUACUGGUGAUGUUUGUGCUGUGUUUCUUACCCCCCAACAUUGUCCUCUUAGCGCAUCAGCUGAUGUAUUCUGAAGAAAUAGAAGACCAGGAGAAAGAGAUGAAUCCUGACAGGCUCUAUGUAAUCUAUUUAGUCUGUCUGUGUUUAGGAAGUCUCAACUGCAUCCUUGAUCCUCUGGUCUACUACUUUGGAUCAUCCCAGUUCCAGAAAGAGCUAUCCAGUAUGAUGGGGUGCCAAAAGACCAAGCAGAGCACCAAUGGUGGUCGGUCACCAUCUGGUCCAAGCAAUACAAGCAGGUCCACCAGCCAAAUCACAGUGAAAUCAAACAGCAAAAAAAAUGCUACAAAGAACACACUACCCAUCAAUCGUGACUCUUCUCAGGGGAACCUUUGCAGCCAAUAUAAGAAGCAAACGGUCUGAUAGGCACAUCAGGCAGGCAUCAAAGGGUAAUUCCAUAAUUUUAAAGCAUGGCUCCUUUUACAUCUUUUAAAAUCUUUAUCACACUGGGGCACAAAAGGUUUAAAAUUGCUAAAGCAGAUUGCUUCAGUCUUUGGUUGCACUACAUACUUAAUACGUUGACAUACACAGUUAAGUCAGGCUGUUAGGAACUGUAACUGGACUACUGUUCUUGUCUCAGUAUACAGGCACCUGGGGUGACUCAGUUCGACAUGAGCACGUCCAGCUCUCCAACAAUUGGUGGUGAUAAUACCUCCUCUGAGUCCAAGAUGAGUUAGAGCAGCAGUUCUCAGCUGGUGGAUCAGGACCCAAAAGUGGAUCCGGGGCUGUUUUCAGUGGGUCUUUUAGGUACUUUUGUUCCUUCAUUUAAGUGUUUAAUGACAGACAGGAAAUAGAAAUUACUUUGCAGAAUUUUUUCCCUGAAUUACUCAAGAAUUUUCAUUUUGAAUUUACCCAAACAGGAGAUUCCUCUAUGGUCUUUAAGAGAAACUUAGGGUAAGAAAAAGGCUGGAGAUUUUUUUUUCUAGAUUUUUUUAGAGUUUUGUUCAGGCAUUUCCCCAGAAACUUUUGCUACUGUUACCUGACCACCGGUUUAAAGACUAACAGCUAUUUAAUGAGAAUAUAGGCACAUCUGUGAGCUGGCAUGAAGCUCAGGAUGGUUUAGUCACACAACUUUCCAUCCUGUCUCCAUCAUCUUUUUCUGUCAAACUUUCUGUUUUCAACACGAUAGAAAGUGACCAUCGAAUUUGUCUCUUUCUAACAAAUACACUUAGUAUUUUUUUCCUUUUUUUAAGCAUCGAUCUCUACUCUGGCUUAAGACUCCAUCAUCUUUGCUCUUAAUUUUUGCUGAGAAUCGGUGGGAGCUCUCUGGAAAUGGGAAAAGUAAAUAAAGUUAUUUGUUAUUGCAUGAGGGUUUGGACAGUAUACCAAGGCUCAACUCAGACAGAAAAAGAUAGACACAGCAGUUGGUUACUGGUGCAAUCAACAUUUCCAUGAAAAUUAACUCCCAUCAACUCUUUCUGUUAUUUGUGAAGCAGAUUUCCAUGAGAAUAAUGAAGCUUAUGUUUUAUGAAAUAAAUCCAAUCGAUUAAUAAAUAUAUCAGACAUUUGGGUCACGAUUUGUCAUGGAACCUGUGAAGGGUCCCUUGGCUAGACCACUUGUGAACCACUGAUUUAGAGAAAUGGGCUGUGGCUGUGACUGGUAGUCAAAUGAUCGGCUGUAAAUACUUUAACGCUGACAUUGUUCUCAAAAAUCACUGCUAAUUGCUAAAGCUCUACUAUUUUAAAUAUACAUUUUUCAUUCAACAAUUUCUUCACUGUAAAAGUCCCCAGGAAUUAUAUUGUUGGUGUGCCUUAAUUUUGAAACAGGCAUGUCAAGAAUUGGAUCACAACCCUCCAAGACUGAUGAUUUUUAGGACAAAAAGUAACACAGGUUACAAUAAAGGUUAUAAUAAUUUAAAUAACUGUUGAAAUUGUAGCCUCUUACUAUUUUUUUUCUCUUGAAGCCAGCCAUUGUGUUGCACCAAUGAUACUAUACAUGCCUUUGAAUUCCUUACAGAAGAUUUUGUAGCAAGUAUUCCAGUGAAUCCUACAUUGACCAUCGUGUUAUACAUUUUUAACCCACUGUCAAUUGCUUCUGCUGCUAGUGGCUAGUGGCCAUUUUGUAUCCCACAACACUUUGUGACAGGCUGGGACAACCAAUGGCAGACUGUUCCGUCGUCCCAUUAUGCUUUGUCUUACUGCGCAGAUCCUGGUGGAGACGGCCUGAAUAACUCAUCAUGGAGAGAGAACAAUAGAGAGCCUGUGACGUGACCCUCUGUGACACUGCAGACAGGAACUGCUGUGAAUAAUGGCACAAAUGGAUUCAACAGAAAUACUUUUUCACUUUUUAGUCCCCAAGAGAUGGGACAAGUCUGUGCAAAACAAGUAUUAGUCAUUUUUGUUCAGUGUGUGUCACACAUAAAAAUCUUUGUCCGUGUUCUUGUUUUGUUUUGUUUUUUUUUUUUAAUUCAAGUCACAUUACUGCAGCAGACAUAUCCUUUAAGCCCAGGAUGUCCUGAAAAACUAGUUUUGGAGUUUGACUGUGCACCACAGGGUUGAUGUUUCACAAGCUUUUUAAAACAAUAAGUCCAGACGAGACAAAAUGGUUCAACAAUAGCUUAGAGCUUGCAGGGUUAAACCCACUCAGAUGGAGAGAGAGAAAACUUGAACAUAAGCAAGUUAAGUCAGAAGCUUCAAUGCCUGGAGAAGAUACAGUGACUUGAAUCACAAGAAGGAUACAGUUAAGCAAUAUCAACCUCCUGUUAUACUUAAAACUACUCAGAAAUCACACAUGAUACAUACAGGUUUACAUUAUAUCUUUUUUCUGUGUAUUUAUUACCUUUAAAAUCAGAUGUUAUCAUUUUUGUGUUGCUUUUCAUUACAAAUCAUUUUGCUGUUUUUUCCCUGUAUUUUGUGUUUAAUGUUAAGUACACUGCAAGUUUUACCAGCCUUUACAGGUCAAUCUAAACAACACAAGAUGUAACUUUCAUUUCAAAAUAAAUUAUAAAUUACCAAAAAAUGUGUUUCUUUCUCCUUUUGAACUAAAUCAAACUAAAUUGUGACCCUAAAGCCAAGCCUUGAACCAAACUGUGACCUCUCUUACCUUUUGACCAGUUACAUCCCCUAUGUUUAUGAACAACAUAUAAUCUUGGAUCUACAAAAGACAGAUGCAUGGGGAAAAAGGGGGGGUGACAAUGUUUUUUGUCUUUGGCAAUGACAAAAUUGCUACAGGUGGCAGGAAUGUUUUUAUACUAUGUUGUUAACCUAUUUAUUUCUUUUGUUAGAAAUGGGCAACUUAAUAUGGGAUGUGAUGGGAAUUCCUUGACUUUGGAUCAAGCCUCUAGUGGACACCCAAGGAACUGCAGUUUCUUCUGCAUUGGCUCCACUUUAAACACAAGGAUGUAACUUGUGUGUACCCUCCCUCUAUUUCUACUGAAUUCUGACCCAUUUCAGACCAUGAUAUACAGCAGGGGUCAUCAGCUACAUUUGUGCAAGGCCCAGCUUUUUGAACUGACUCUGUACUUACUGUACUUGUGCAUGUCUCAGUGUUUUAUACUGGAAAACCAGUCACACUGGUAAAAACAAAGCAGUAAAUCCUGCCACAUGUGCAAUCUCUGUGCAGGUGAAGAAGAUGUCUUAUACUAUGCCCGUCUCACUAGAAUGAUUUUUCCACUUAUUAAUUGAUAUUUUGAAUAUGUCCUUUAGAAAUAUACAAACGUAUAAUAAGAAAAAAUGUAAUAACAACCAGGAUCAGAGAAAAGAUAUGAAAAUAUAGUUAUCAUGUCUCCCUAUGUCUACAUCUUUUAACAUUUUUGUUUAGAACUGUCCUGGCCAUUAAAACAUGCACUGACUAUGAUGGAGAAAAAUAAAACUGAU